AUGAUCUUCCAAUCACCUGUGACGCUUCGACACGUAGCGCUUGUGGCCGUCGGACUAGUUGUCAUCCAUUUACUCUUCUUUAGCGGAUUGUUCAUUCACUCCAGCAGCGAUGCCUUUUACGAGUAUUACGACCGCAUGAGGUGCCUGGUGCCUCCGGACUCGUCCUCCACAAUCACAUCACCGACGACUGGGAAGACGAAGUCGACGAAGAACCUGACACCGCCGGACACGAACAUGAGCAUCGCCUUCUGUUCAUCUGUCCGGAAUCAGCGCAUGGACAUGCCUGAGUGGUUCAUCCACCACUAUUACAACAUUGGAAUCAAGCAUUUCUACAUCAUGGACGACGUCUCACAUCCUCCGCUCUCUACCUACGACAUCGAUGGGUACUACGGCAUCCCUUCUUCAGCGAUCACAUUCACAUGGUUCAGUGAGGCAGAGCGUGGGGCACAUGGGGGAAUGAUGCAGGAAUUCCUCAACGACGAGUGCAACCGACGAUGGGGCCAAUACCACGAUUGGAUAGCCUACUUCGACGUGGACGAGUACAUUGGUCUCUUGACCGACGAGAGUCUCCAGGACAUCUUACAACCCUUCACCGACGACCCACAAGUAGGAGCAGUGGGCUUGAUGUGGUGGAUGCACACUUCGAACAAGCAGAUACACCGCCAGCCCUCAACCCGGCGGGGCUUCACGGAGUGCAUGAGCGACAGGAAGCACGACAACAUUCCCGAGGACGAGUACGGGGUCGACAACGAGCACAUCAAGAGCAUGGUGAAGCCGUCGCUGUACAACAAGAACCGGGACUCGCCGCACGACUUCAACACGUUGAACGGCUCCGUCACGGUCAUAGAGAACGGGGAUGUCCUCGAGCAUUGGUGGCACCGGCCCCCCGUAAGAGACAGGGUUGUGUUGCACCACUACAUCGUGAAGAGCGAGGAAGAAUACGCUGAGAAGCAGGCGAGAGGCAAUCAGGGUGGGACAUAUCGGACUUGGGAGUACUGGAACCACAUCAAUGAUGGUCCUAAUGAGCCAUGUGAAGAUAUGCUUAGAUGGGAGAUAUGA